CCUUCUGCUGGAAGGGAAGUAGCUGCAACACUAUCAGUAUUCAACAUGGCUGAUUCACGUAGGCUGCUGUUACUGUGAAGAUCACAUACAAUACACAUCAAACUGUGUUUGCCAGUAAAAGAAGAAACAUUAUAAGAAUAUCUGACAAAUUCAGUUGUGCUCAACAAGACAAUGUCUGACAAGACCGAGAACCAAACCUCAGACCUUUCUGAUACACACAGAGGACGUCUAGAGGAAAACCUAGGCACUGGGCUAUUAAAUGUGAAGGAAGAGGAUGAGACCGAUGACAUGAAUAGUCAUCAGACUGAAAUACAUUGGUCCCUCCCUGCCGAUGAAGAUAACGCUGAUAUAGUGAAAGUGGAGAUAACAGAAGAUCUUUGUUUGAGGCCUCAGCUGGGAGCCGCAGAUGAGAAAACCAGUGAUAGUGUCAGCCCAGGCCGUAUGGAUGUGACGCCUUCAGAUGGCUCAGCGAUAGAGCACAGAGAACCGUAUGUGUGUGAUCAGCUGAAGACUGAGGAGGGUGAAGAUCCUAUAAAUAAGUCUACAGGAUAUAUCAAUGUUAAACCUUCACUUUUUACAAAGACUGAGUGGAACGAAGAGCCACAUGUGUACGGUUUUCCAGUUGCCGAUGGUACAUUCAGAGACUGUGACCAGAGUGCAGAUACUUAUUUAAGACUUUUUCCAAAUCAAAGAAAUCAUGUGAAAAAUGUAUGUUCUGAAUGUGGAAAAUGUUUUACUCUGAAAUCAGAUCUUAUGAGGCAUCAGCACAUUCAUACAGGAGAGAAAGCAUUUUCCUGUUCUGACUGUGGUAAAUGUUUUACUCGGAAAUCAAAUCUUAUUACUCAUCUGAAAAUUCAUACAGGAGAGAAAGUAUUUUUAUGUUCUAAAUGUGGAAAAUGUUUUACUCGGAAAUCAGAUCUCAUUAGGCAUAAGAAGAUUCAUACAGAAGAGAAAGAAUUUUCAUGUUUGGAAUGUGGGAAAUGUUUUAGUCUGAAAUCCUAUCUUAUUGUACAUCAGACAAUUCAUUCAGGAGAGAAACAAUUUUCUUGUUCUGAAUGUGGAAAAUGUUUUACUCAGAAAUUUCAUCUUCUUAGACAUCUGACAAGUCAUACAGGAGAGAAAGCAUUUUCUUGUUCUGAAUGUGGGAAGUGUUUUACUCAGAAAUCAAGUCUUAUUGGACAUCAGAAAAUUCACACAGGAGAGAAAGGUUUUACAUGUUCUGAAUGUGGGAAAUGCUUUACUCAAAAAUCACAACUUAUUACUCAUCAGAAAAUUCAUACAGGAGAGAGAAAAUUUUCUUGUUCUGAAUGUGGAAAAUGUUUUACUCGAAAAUCACAUCUUAUUACUCAUCAGGCAAGUCAUACAGGAGAGAAAACAUUUUCGUGUACUGAAUGUGGGAAAUGUUUUACUCUGAAAUCCCAUCUUAUAAGACACCAGAAAAUCCAUACAGGAGAGAAAGCAUUUUCGUGUUCUGAAUGUGGGAGCUGUUUUAGUCAGAAAUCGCAUCUUAUUAGACAUCAGAAACUUCAUAUAGGAAAGAAAUCAUUUUGAGCUCCAGAAAAAAAUCCCAGAUGUGAAAGACUGAAGAAAUCCAAAAUGACUUUUGAAACGUUCACUUAUUAAAAAUCUGUUUCAAAGUUGUUUUGUAAUGGCUGCUAUCCAUUUAUCCUCUUGUAAGAUAUAGGGGAUGUUAUUGCUUUAUGAAAGCAUUAGAAAACCUUUGUGGGAAGUUGGUUAUAGUGGAGUAUUAAUAUUGAUUUGGAUGCUUAUGUAUUUGAUAUACCUGCAAAAAGUAAUUUGAGGCGCUAUGUACAUAAAGUCUGAUGGAUUUAAAUAGGGCCAAACUAGCGUACUUUAUUACAAUUUUAUACUAUACUGACACAGUUAGAUAUGUUUGUACAUAACAUGAUUGCACAAACAAUACAAUAAUUUUAUUAGGGUAUUAAAAGUCCACAACAUAGAAAUAAUUUUUAAUGAGAAAAACAUAUACAGGUGGCCCUCGGUUUACGCCAGUUCAAUUUGCGACGUUUCAGAAUAACAACCUUUUUUUUAGUCAUGUGACUGCUAUUGAAAAGCUUUGGAAAGCAAAGUACACUAAUUAAAAUAGCCAGGAGGUGGAGCUGCCCGCUUGUUUUGCAGCAAAGUUAUGCAACUUAACAGCCUUAAAUUGAUCUGUGUACACAGAUCAGACCAGAUCUAUCGAGCAAAAUUUAGCAGGCACUUCAAUAUUAUCUUCCUGUCCAGCAGCCUGAGGUGAGGGUGCCUAACUGCUUAUUAAUCACUGCAGAUUGAAAUGCAUAGAAUAGGUGCAGAUCCAAUAUUAUCUAGCAUGCUAACAAUGCAGAGAACUGAUUGCAGAAAAAUGCAAGUAAAAAAACGUUUUUGUUCAUUAAACUUAGUUUGAUGAUGA